AACGUGGCAGCGAAUGGAGCGCUGUUGGCACUUAUCGCGUGUAUUUCCCCUUCUCCCGAGCUUUUUCAUAUGGAUUCGAGAAACACGAGACACGAUUUUGUACGUCGAAGAUUGUGAAGACGAGUGACGAUAAUAAUCAUCGCGGUCACAUCGGGCAUUCCUCGUACAAAAAAACAAAAUGAAGUGGCACAUCUUACUUGCAGCUUUCGCUAUGUUAUGCAUAGCUGCAUAUGCAGAGGAGGAGGAAAAGGCCGCUAGAUUAUUAGUCUCUAAACAGAUACUCAACAAAUAUCUAGUAGAAAAUAUGGAUAUAGUUAUUAAGUAUACUAUUUACAAUACUGGUAAUGUGGCUGCAUCUGAAGUCGAGAUCACGGAUAAUUCAUUUCACCCAGACCACUUUACUCACGUGAGCGGCGAAUUAAAUGCUAGGAUCGAUAAUGUGCCACCUUACACAAAUGUGAGCCACACUGUGGUUGUGAGGCCACGUAAAUCUGGAUAUUUCAAUUUUACCUCGGCUGAAGUUUUGUAUCGCCGCUUUCAAGAGGCUCCUAGAUUACAAGUGGCUGUAAGCAGCGAACCUGGCGAAGGACUCAUUGUGGCAUACAGAGACUAUGAUAAGCAGUUUUCAUCUCAUGUGGUCGAUUGGGCCGCAUUCGCUGUAAUGACUCUACCUUCUCUGCUUAUUCCAUUUGCCUUAUGGUACUCGAGUAAAUGUAAAUACGAGAAAUUAUUGAAGAACACAAAGAAGCACUAAUCAUAUUUUAAAUAUUAGUUUUUUUCAAGAAUACUUCUAGGUUAUUUUAUAUAAAUUAUAUAAAUUUUCCCAUGUCAUUGUAAGGAACACGACU